CAGUGCUGGUCUGUUUGCUUUGCCCACCCUGCCGUGCGUCCCCCCAUCAUUAAUUUCUCCCCUUCACCCUUUCCAAAUCGCAAAUACCCGUUCGCCUCCCAUUCCUCCUCCUCUCUCUCUCUCUCUCUCUCUCUCUCUCUCUCUCUCUCUCCAUUCCUAUCAAGAGUAACAAACCCUAACAAUUGCCAUGGUUGAAUCCCAUCACCCUCGUCCUGUAUCUGUUCAUCAAGCCCUCGGAGGUGGCUCAGUGGCUGAUGUGCUGUUGUGGAGGCGAUGGCGUGGAGGUGUUUUUGCGCUUGUGGCUGCAACUGCCUUAUGGUACCUCUUCGAACGAGCUGGAUAUAACCUUCUAUCUUUUGCCGCAAAUGUGUUGUUGCUUCUCGUUGUAAUCCUCUUCUUCUGGGCAAAAUCUGCUUCUCUUCUCAACAGACCUCUUCCCCCACUUCCUGAUCUGGAAGUUUCUGAGGAAUCUUUUGUUGCUGCUGCUGAUGAGAUUCGAGUUUGGAUCAAUUACGCUUUGUCAAUUGCACGCGACAUCACUGUUGGGAGAAAUUUGAGACUUCUUAUUCAGGUUGUCUUUGGCUUGUGGGUGAUCUCUUAUAUUGGGAGUCUUGCCAAUUUCCUCACUCUAGUUUAUAUUGGGUUUUUUUUUAGUUUCUCAGUUCCUUUCUUGUAUGACAAAUACCAAGACCACAUUGAUGACAAGCUGAGCAUUGCUUGUAAAAUCAUUAAAACACAGUACAAAAAAAUUGAUGAUAACAUCCUAAGAAGGAUUCCAAUUCCCAUACACAAGGAGAAGAAGACUCAGUAAACUAAAAGUCCCUAAUGCAGGGUGCAAUACCGCUCAGCAAUGCAUUUUAGCAGGGCUUAAAAGUUGGGUACUCAACAUUAAAAUCAUUUUCAGGAGCUAGCUGAAAUGCAGACAGGAUGUAGAUAAACGAGGAGCUAGUAAGCUAAGCCUGCAGGAGUUGGAGUUAGCCACCAUUACAUAUUGGGAAAAAUUGUUUACAUUUCCUUUUGGCACCCAUAUUCUUGGUAAAUUUUUUGAUCCGUUUGGUCUGUAUCUUAACCCUAGCAGCUAUGAUGUCCGGAUGAGGAGAUACUCCAUUGCAGGAUAGUAUGCUCUUCUUCGUUGUGGAAGUUGGCUUAUAAAUUGUGUAAUGUGCUAUUUUACUGAUGGCCUUCUUU